AUGAGUGAGCGAGUGAGUGAGUGAACGUCACCACCAUCACCACCACACUGUCGUGACCACACGGGUCUGGAUGCAGGAAAACUAGACUCCUUGAGAGCACGGACAUCCCCUCCCCGAGAACUGACUUCCGUCUGGGCCAAAGCUCUCCAGGUGCUUUAGUUGGCAACCAGGAGUGCGAAUCACAGCUUAUAGCGAAGGCUCGGACUGGAACGGCAGAGGUGACGCAGGAAGCUCGUGCCAGCGCCCUAGGGUGGCGUCAUCUGAGUGGGAAAGAGACCCAGGCGCCCGAGAUAGCAAACUGCGGCAGUGUCAGGUGUAAAGAGAAAGUCACUAAAACACAGGCCGGCAGAUUUAAGAAGACGGUGAGUCCCUGGUCCACACCAGACCCCUCCCCAGGGCUCCCUCCUUCAAGGGUGGGCCCACCGGGACGCCCCCUGGAAAGCAGCUGUGCAGGUGGAGCCCUGCGGUCCAUCCAGGCCCUUCUCUCAUCUGAGGCCUGAAUUUUCUACUCCACAGACUUGAGCCAUUCUUCUCAGAGCUUUGGGCCUCACGGGACAGUACGACAUCAAAAUUCAACGGUGGGCACUUAUGGAAUUCCCCGCAUUUAAGAGGAAAUGCUACAGCCCCUCCCCGCCUCGGAACCCUCAGGGACAGGAGCCUCCUGCCUUUCUUCUCUGUCUCCCCACCCUCCAACCCAGGCCUGAGGAAAGGACUUCGGCCAGACCCUGAGUCGGGGCUAGGAUGGACGGGGCAGCCCUCUGUGAGGUUACGGGAGACUGAGUGACCCACUGAAAAUGUCCCCAAAUGGAACAACUUCAUCGAUACCGUAGCUGCACUUGGGUUGACUGAUCCCUCUCCCGCGGCACUGGGACAGUUCUGUCACACCCGCCCACGUGCCGGAAUGAGGGGGGCGGUAAAGGGCUGGGCAGAAUACUCCUCCUCUGGCUCCCCAGUUUCUCUGAUUCCGUUCUAUUCAGACCAGGGUUCUCUACAGAGACACCAGGAAGGAGGGGACCCUUCAUUUACAACCCCAGAGGGGUCCUGCCUGGGAGCUGCGGGAAGACUGGAAAGCACUGGGCUGAAGUAGGUAGCCCCUGAAGAUGCCAGGGGGUAGGAGGAUGUAGAAUCGGGUGGCUGAAGCUGUGAACUCGGCCUGGCUCGUGGGUUUACCAAGUCAGCCCUCAGCGCAGAAACCCGUUUCGGGAACUCCCUGGACCCACGGUCUUACCUCUUUCAUCCCUGCCCACUGCUCUGUGUAGCAGAGUUUAGAUCAAGAGCUCGGGCCGUGGGGACCCUGCAGGAGGAGGGGCAUCCCCUUCCUGGAGAAUGUUGAGUCGCCUGCAGCUGUGACAGGACGGGUGACCCCCUCCAGCGCGGCUGGGUGAGCCCUUGGGGCGGGAGAGCCUUUACGCACAGUAGCCGUGUGUCUGUGCAAGAGUGACGUGUGUGCGUGAGUGUGUGUUGGCGGGAGGUGUGCGGGCCUCCAGAGCCAGCGCGAGGGCGGGUGGCUUCAGCUUCCCAGGGCCCUGACCCGGGAACACACACCAGCGCGUCCACUGCUGUUUGGGUUUUGUGGGUGAAACGCCGAGGAACCUGCAGGACAGGUCUUGGAGGCUCCUCUGCCUCCCCCGACUUGCAGGGACCUGCCUGUCCCUCCCCCUGUGUCAGUCUCGCUGGGGACGGCCCUGCCCUGCCCUUGCCCGGGGAGAUCCACCCCGGGAAGCGAGAGAGGACACCGCGUGGGAGUCGCUGUCAGCCCGCGAGACCACCCCUGGCUCCGUGCCCUUCUUCAGGGGCAGUAGAGACGGCGGGUGAUCAGGCUGCCCUCCCAGGAACCCUGCUGGGCCCGCACCCUGAACACAGCGCUCCCACCGAGGCCACAAAGCAGAUGAAGCAACUGAGGCUCAGAGAAGUCACAAAACAGGUUCCUGGAAGAGCCGGGAAUUUGCACCUGGGUUCGCCCGACUGCAGAGCCCAACCCCUUCUGUCCCGCAUCACAGCACAGCUCAGCUUCUGAUAACCGACCUUCAUACGCCAGCCGCUGGGGACAGCCAGGCCCUGCCCCUGCAGCCCUUGGAGCCCUGGUGAGAGCUGGCAGCCAGGCUCAACCACUCCAUCAACACCUGUCUGCAUGAGCUAUGGCAAAGCACGGGCACAGCUCUACUCAGAGAAGGGCGGGGGCUGUGGAUUGAUGAUGUGCCGGAGCCAAGCUGGACCUCGAGAGCCUGCGGUGACCAGACACUCUCCCUUCCUCCAGGGAGAAUGGGGCUGGAGAGAGAUUCCCUCUGCAGCUGCAAAUGCCCUCGGGUCCAUUCCCCAAGGACUGCCGUCCUGGGCAGCACAAAGAGGACCUGUCUUGGAGUCGGGAGAUCCUACUGCGACGCCCAUUUUUGUCCCUCACUAAGCAGUAGUACAGACCUGGGUAACUGCUCACAUUUGAUGGGUUACAGGGUCUGGAAAAUGAGGGUGUUGCACUGGAUGGUAGCUUUCAGAAUUUCAUUAGCAGUCGAGCCACGUUUGCAAAUGAAAUCUUAUUCGUAUGACAGAUAAUCGUUAAUAUUCAUUGGGCUCUUACCGUUCCAGCUACCCUCCUGAACCUUCCAUGCAUUGAUGCACGUACCCUGGGCCACGCUGCGCCCAGUUUACAGGUGAGGACAAUGAACCAGAGAGCUGCAAUUUGCCCAACACAGAUGAAGCGGUUAAAAGCAGACUUUCCUGCUUGGCGGUGCCGAAAGGAAGGAAAUCGAGUUGCUCCGCUUCACCUUCUCCUGCUUCCUUGGCGUCUCUGGAAGGACCUCUGCAGAGUCCAAGGGUCUCCGAGAGCAAGUUCAAAUCCACUGGAUGAAUGACCUCAAAGGGAGCUGGAACUGUGCUUUUCCAAGCCACUUUGCUCCUUCUGGUGGCUUGUCCAGGUGCCCAGCUCACGCCCCAAGCCUCCUGCUUUCUCGACACCUCGCGGGCUCACCAGUGGACGUCCAGUUGUCCCAGCACCAUUUGUUGAAGAGACCGUCCUUGCUCCAUUGUCAAAGCUCAGGUGAUGCUCUUGAUAGGGGUCCCUCUCUAGGUUCCCCAUUCUGUUACACUGAGCUACUUGUCUGCUCUCCAGCCAGCACCACACCGUCUGGAUCACUGCAGCUUGACAGACCCGGACUUCAGGCAACUGCAGGGUGGGGAGCGUGCACGGUGAGGGACAUCCCGGCUCCUUCUUCAGCACCAGCAAGUCAAGCCGGGGCCAGAACUCCAGCCGCCGGCCCCACACCCGGCCACCUCCCGGCGCCCGGCCACGUCCGUGUGCAGGACCACCUCCCCGCAACGGUCAGGGCCGAGCAGCUGACCGAGGAGCAGGUGGCCGAGUUCAAGGACGCCUUCUCCCCGUUUGAUGAGGACGGGGACGGCGCCAUCAGCAUGCGGGAGCUGGGCACUGUUCUGUGGUCGCCGGGCCAGAACCCCACUGAGGCCGAGCUCCGGGACCUGGUGGGCGAGCUGGACCGUGACAGCAGCAGCACCGCGGGCUUCCCCGAGUUCCUGGGCCUAAUGGCCCGGAAGGUGAAGGGCAGGGACGCCGAGGACCAGAUCCGGGAGGCCUUGUGCGUCUUCGACAAGGACGGCUACAGCCCGAUGGGCGCGGCCGAGCUGCGGCACGUGAUGACCCGGCUGGGCGAGAAGCCGAGCGACCAGGAAGUGGACGAGAUGAUCCGGGCGGCAGACGGGGACGAGCUGGUGCGCUACGAGGAGUUCGUGCGCUUGCUGGUCUCCAAGGGAGCCCGCAGCCCCCUACCCCACCCCCACCCAGGGUGUCCAGGCUCCGCGCGUGGCGCCGGAGGACCUGCCUCCGUUCCCACGGCCCCUCCGGGCACUGCUCCUUCUUCGCUGGUUGACCUGAUCCGGCUGUCUGUCCCCCUUUCCUCUCCUCGUUCCUGCCUACCUCCCCACCUUCUCCUUGCCCAGGGUGACACAGGCCGCUCCCAAGCCCAGCAAACCCCAAAUGUUCCAUCCCUCGGGAGCAGAGGCUCAGGGACGUCCCUGUGCACCGAGCAGGGCAGGAGGACGGUCACAGCCUCAGUGGCCGCUCAUGCCCCGGGGGGGGGGGGCGCGCUGUGACCUCUGGGAGCCCUCCACGU